AUGGCAGGGAUCCUCGCCUGGUUCUGGAAUGAGAGGUUCUGGCUGCCACACAAUGUCACCUGGGCGGAUCUGAAGAACACCGAGGAAGCCACCCUCCCCCAGGCGGAGGACCUCUACCUAGCCUUCCCCUUGGCCUUCUGCAUCUUCAUGAUCCGCAUGGUGUUUGAAAGGUUCAUAGCCAAACCAUGUGCCUUAGGCUUAAAAGUCCAAGCCAGUGGACCACAAAAAGCUCAGCCUAAUGCUAUUCUUGAAAAGGUUUUCACUGCAAUUACGAAGCAUCCAGAUGAGAAGAGACUGGAAGGGCUAUCCAAGCAGCUGGACUGGGAUGUACGCAGUAUUCAGCGUUGGUUUCGACAGAGACGCAAUCAGGAAAAGCCGAGCACUCUCAGAAAGUUCUGCGAGAGCACGUGGCGAUUUACAUUUUACCUGUAUAUGUUCAUUUAUGGAGUCCGUCUGCUGAAGCAGAGGACACCUCAAGUGAGCAUUACUCCAUUUGAGCUUUUUGUCUGCAAGAAUGUAGAUAGCAGACCGGUGUUUAAAAAAGAAAGUCCCGAGGCCAGCAAUGGCACUCAGAGAUGUUACCGGACCAGAGCAUACAAGAACUUAACGAAAAAGAAAAUCUACGAGAAAAAUCCAGCAAUUAAACAAACA